UAUAUAUAUAUAAUAAUAUGUAGAAGACACUAUUUAGUAGAGAGGAAUUAUGUAUAUAUAUAAUGAGACAACAUUCAUAGGUUGAAUGUUAUUUGAAGGAGAUAGAUAGGAUCUAUAUAGAGAUGGGCCAUCACUGCUGCAGCAAACAGAAAGUUAAGAGAGGCCUCUGGUCCCCUGAAGAAGAUGAGAAACUCAUGAGACACAUAACUUCUCAUGGUCAUGGCUGCUGGAGUGCUGUUCCUAAGCUUGCAGGCUUGCAGAGGUGCGGGAAGAGUUGCAGACUGAGGUGGAUUAAUUACUUGAGGCCUGAUCUGAAAAGAGGGUCGUUUACGGAGCAAGAGGAAAGAACUAUUAUUGAUGUACAUAGAAUUCUAGGCAACAGAUGGGCUCAAAUUGCCAAACAUUUGCCGGGGAGAACCGAUAAUGAAGUGAAGAAUUUUUGGAAUUCAUGCAUCAAGAAGAAGCUUAUUGCUCAAGGUUUAGAUCCCAAUACUCACAAUCUUCUCUCCCUCCAUAAAAAUGCAAAUAACGCAUGUAAUAUUACCACGGCAGCCUCAGUUUUCUCUCUGAGUACUACUAGUAGUACUCUUACUUCACACACAAAAUUAACCUCUUUUACACCAUUGCCUCAUGAAAAUGCAACCAAGGUCGAUGGAUUCGAAUUCAAGAACCCUAAAAUGUUUUGGACUCCGACUCAAAAUUCGGAGUCCUUAAUAGACUUUGCUAACGAGUUUACCCCGAUGAAUCACUCCAAUUUCGGUGUUGUUAAUCAAGAAAAUAUUAUGUGGGGUCCUAGUGCUGGUAUGGAUCAAAAUGUGGGAACAAUUGCAAGCCAAGAAAUGGAGCUUGAAGAGGAAGCGCAACAAAAGAAGCGUUUCGAAGGAAACUUGAUGAACAAUAAUAAUGUUAAUGAGUUGACUAGUAUGAUCGAGGGGAUGGAUCAUUCAUUUGAUGCAGACGCUAACUUUGAUUUUGAUUUUAUAGAAGCUGCACUUGUGCCUUGUGGAAUGUACGCUGGUGGAAAUAUCAUAGAUCAGCUUGCAUGGGAUUGUUAAUUAGUCAGGGCUGUUAAUUAGUUUAUUAAUCUCCUUUUCUUUUUAAAGGGUUGUUUUAAUUACAUAAUGUGAUUAGAUGGAGCGAGUUUAUAAAUUGUUUCGUGUUAGUUUAGCUUUAUUGUAGCUCAAUCAUGUUUGUUGAUAUAAUGGUAUGAAACACACACCUCUCUCUACGUAAAA